GGUAAUGUCUUUAUGUUUUUACCUGAUUGGUUCACUAGUGUUCUGAGCGAUGUAUAUAUAUCAUGCACUGUGAGGCUUAGACACGCUGCCCCGCCCAGAUUCCAUGCUGAGCUGGAAUGAGAGUGUGUCUGUGUCUGUGUAUGUUAAUAAUGAUUGAUAGAAUCUAUCAGAUCGAGCAGCAGCUAUGCUACCCGGGCUCCAAUACCUCGUGCCCUAGGGCCGUGUUCCAUAUGGGGGGCCAGGUCGCUCUUUACACGCUGUUUGUGUUGGGCAUGCUGGUCACGGUGGUUGGAAACGCUGUGGUCAUCGUGUCAAUAGCUCACUUCAAGCAGCUGCACAGCCCCACCAACGUGCUGGUGCUCUCCUUGGCUCUGGCCGACCUGCUGCUGGGGGUGACCGUGAUGCCGUUAAGCACAGUGCGCGCCGUCCAGGGCUGCUGGUUCUACGGCGACACCUUCUGCCUUCUCCACUCCGCCUUCGACAUGUUCCUCACCUCCGUCUCCAUCUUCCACCUCAUCUGCAUCGCGGUCGACCGCCACGAGGCCGUGUGCAAGCCCCUGCACUACUCCCGCAACAUCACCAUGACUGUGGCCUGGCUCAUGGUGUCUGCCAGCUGGGCCCUGGCCGCCCUCUACUCCUACUGCCUGAUAUACUCCAAGGCAAACAUCCGAGGUCUGGAAGAUUACCUGGCAUCCAUAUACUGCCUGGGCAGCUGUAACCUGCUGUUUAACAAGCUGUGGGGGACACUGGACACCAUCAUUACAUUCUUCUUCCCAUGCACCGUCAUGGUGGGCUUGUACGCAAAGAUCUUCCUCGUGGCCAGAGAGCACGCGAGGAAGAUUGACGACAUGGGGGGUCACGGCGGGACGUUGAAUGGUAAAGGUGCAAGCGGGCAGACCAAGCGUUCAGAGCACAAAGCGGCCAAGACUCUGGGUAUUGUGGUCGGAGCGUUUAUCUUUUGCUGGAUGCCGUUCUUCCUGAACUCGAUCGUUGAUGCCUACACAGGUUUCAGCACGCCUGCGGCCGUUUUCGAGGUGUUUUCUUGGCUGGGUUACUUCAACUCAAUCCUAAACCCUGUUAUUUAUUCCCUCAAUUAUCCCUGGUUCAGGAAAACCUCUCGCCUUAUUUUCACCCUGAAAAUAUUCGCCAGUGACUCCUCGUCAAUUAAUGUGACUGUGAAUUGAAUGUUAGGGUUUUUGUUAAUCUCUCUGCUGAAUUAUACAUUGUAUAUUUAUUAUUUCCUUUUUAUUAUCCAUGUGUAUUGCUCGGUUCAGGUUGUUCCGGUGCGAUGCUUGUCAACCAGUAUAUCUAUUAACAAUCGUAAUGUAUUUAUCAAUAUUUCUGCUCCUACUAGUUAAUCGAACCAUGCUAUGAUAUCAUUUCAAGACAGUCAAGAAGUUCAUGAGGAUGUAAGGCCAUAUCCUUGCAUGCUGUAUUUUCUCUAUUUUGUAUAUAUUUUUUCUUUCUUUUUUUUACACUAGGUAAUGUAUUCAUUAAU